ACUCAGCGAGGUAAGAAAAGCUGCGAUCCCUCAUCAGUAACCUCUUCCCUAUCUCAAACCCAUCUUCAAAUGUGAAGAAAAAUUUUGUGGCCUGCAUGGUCUAGGCUCUCAGCCGCAAGAAGCACUCAACCACCACCAACAAACAAAGAAUAUUUGGCAAAAAACAUACCCGCACUCGUUCGAAACCCUGGAAUCGCAGGAAUGAGCUUGUCGGUAUUUGCGUAGUGAUUCACCACGACCGUCUCUUGACCCAGAAACCUCUGUGGAUACGAUGUCGGCGUAGGAGGGACCUUCAAGUGACUGGGAGGAAGUUGGCGGGCAGGCAUCAUGAAGUCAAAAUAACCAAAACAAUUACAUAAACAAGCGCCGACCAAAUGCCCUAAAAAAAGGAAUUACGAAAAAAGGCUGGCAGGAAUCCGUGUUCGUCUGAAGGGGAAAGGUGAAGAAAAAUGGUAAUGGAGCAUUUGCAUGCAACAGAACUGCCUGAGGGCAACAACGUGCCUAUAUCAGUGGCGCCAAGCAAAGAAAGACCAAACGCACAAGCCGAGUCGGAGAGAGCCAGAACGAUCGUCGUGACCCCCCCAGGCCUGCUGUUCGGUUCGCUCCCAUUGGCCCAAGCUGUACGUGCGAUAAGCGUCGGAGCACUCGCAUCUCUCGAAUCCGCUACGCCAGGCCCAGGUCAUGCAGGUCUUCCUUUAGGCCAGCCAACAAACGCCGCUUCCUCUCUAUCUGAAGGAGAGGAGAGGCCAGAUUUUGCGUUGGACUGAGGGGCUAGCGAUGGUGGUUGGAUGUGGC